UCCAAAAACAAAAUGUCUGAGCCAGUUGAUGAUAUGCCUAUUCAACCCAAAAACACUCCAAUUACUCAAUCUUCAUCACAUUCAAACGGAUCAUUUGGCACAGUUUUCAUUAUCCUUGCUGUGAUUUUAGUUAUAUCUCUUAUUUCUUGUGUAAUUGAACGUAUUUGUAACAAAAGAAGAAAUGGAGAUCAUCAUCACCACUCACCUAAACAACGCCAUGAAAUUCAUACUAAAGGUAGAGAAGGCCAUCAUGAUAUAGAAUAUGGUAGCGAUAAUAAGAGAAUUCCAAAUUCAAAAGUGGCUGCAUCUAAUGGAGAUCAUUCAAAUAUUCCUACUAGUUCUAUGUCAUUUGACGAUAUUGGACCUCAUGGUAAAGGAGGGGUGAGGUUUGCCGAAGAUCAUUAGAAUUUACGAGUUCUAAUGUGGUUGUAAAUAAAAAUAUAUUUAGUCCAUUAACAAUGUUUGUAUUUACUUUUUGAGAUUCAAGUAUGAAAAUGUCUCUAAAUAAGUGUAUAAUUACCAAAAUUACAGUAACUACUUAAUUAUUGUAACUACAACUAGAAUAACUAACCAAUUAAUACUCUAAUAUGUCCAACUCAUGAUUCAAUUUUAAAGGGGUUAGAUUAUGAUG